AUGAAGUUUUUUCGCAAAGAGAUUAGUUUAGGAAAACGUACGAGGUAUGUAAGGAGAAUGGACGCUGCGCCGUGGUACGAGUCAACAUACCCGCCACCGAGAGGAGUGCUG